AAGCGAAGGCCUAAAGAAAAUGUCAGGCUUGCCAAAGUUAAGCCUUUUUCUCAAACGAGUUUCGAGCAAUAACAAAAAAUUGUGUGGCCCUAAUCACUUGUCGCAAAAAGGAUACCUAACCCAUUCCUUGCUUUCAUUCUGUGUCUUUGCGUGCGUUGUGAUGAACGAUGGCCACGUCCAGGCGCUAACGCACUGCGUUCUGAAUCCCAUUGUAAGAAGUUGCAUCGUGACACUAUAAUUGCCGCUUGCAUGUGGGGUCGAUGCGGUCUGCCGGCCACGCAUCUGUCCAAGAUGAUGCCACCGCUGCCCCGUUUUCGUCACGUGCAGACACGGUGACGGUGUAAUUGCCAGGUAGCCUGCGCCGGUACACGGCAGGUCCGUGAGGCGGCGUUCAUUACCAGUCCUCUGUCGCCGCCGGGCGCGUGCCGGCACGUGCAGCCCACCUGGCCGGCGUGUCGUCCGAGGCCGCGGCACGGCGCACUUUCGUUUUCCGUUUCGCACGGAUUGCGCGCCGCUCGUGGCGCGGCAACUGGGGAGGGCGCGGCGUCACUUUGCGCCACCCAGCGCGUAUUGUUCUCCGGCCCGUCCGCCGCCGCGGCGCCGCAGACGCCGCCCCGUCGCCGUAUCGGCCCGGAUGCCGUUUUGUAAUUCGCGCCCCGCUUGCAUCGAGAGAAAAAGUGUCGUCCUCGCGCGGCGCCGGCCGAAGAUGAAAGUCGACCAGCGGCCUCCGUCCGACUCCAGGGGCACUUGUGCGUCGUGCGUCUGGCUGAGGGGACGUCUUCAGUGUAACGCUCCUCGGACUUUGUCGGAGAACGGCCAUGAGGUGCGAUCUUGUUCUGCUGGCCCUGGGCCUCGUCUCUGUGGCGGACGCCUUUUUCUUCCCGUUCUUCAACAAGGGCAAGGGCAAAGGUAACUCGGGGAAGUACCCGGGACCGAGCAAGGUGCCGUCUCACUACGGUCCUCCGCGCCCGAGACCGCCGAUCCGACCGACGCUGACCUACGGACCGCCGCGGCCGCAGACCACGUACGGACCGCCCAACGUCCGUCCGCGGCCGCCCUCCAACUCGUACGGGCCGCCGAGCAAAGGCAAAGGCACCGGCGGCUACCCCGGCACCGGAGGAGGCAAGGGAGACGGAGGGUACCCGGGUGGAAGCGGGGGACACAGUGGAGGAAAAGGAACCGGAGGCUACCCAGGCGGCUCUGGCACCGGCGGUCACGGAGGAAAGGGCAGCGGCGGAUACCCCGGAGGCAGCGGAGGUCAUAGCGGAGGUCAUACUGGAGGAAAAGGAACCGGUGGCUAUCCCGGAGGCAGCGGAGGUCACAGUGGAGGUCACAGCGGUGGAAAGGGCACGGGAGGCUACCCGGGAGGCAAUGGAGGCCACAGCGGAGGUUACAGUGGUGGAAAAGGCACGGGAGGCCACUCCGGCAGCGGAGGAAGUCUGAACCACCACACCCACUACCACUCUCACUACCACUCGACGACGGUGGGUGUCGGGCCGCGGGAGACCCUGACGGGUGUGCUGCCCACGCUGACCACCGGGCUGCCCGGCCCCGGCGUUCCGUACACCACUGUGGUCGGUCCAGCGUCUGCCGGUCCGCUGUCCCCUCCCCGACCGACCCACUCGACCACCAUCGUCCACACUCGGCCGCCGCACACCGGCUACCGCUACCUGCCGCCGCAGGGCCAGGCCUCGGACAAGGUGGCCACCUACGUGCGUCCCGAGAGCGAGCUGACCGCCGAGGAGGAGCUGAUCUCUCCGCGGGGCGCGGGCGGCGCCACAGCCCGGCUGGAGCUGGCGGAGCUCAGCUCGAACCUGGUGGAGGUCGGCACGGCGGCCGGCCCGGGAGUGGAGGAGCAGGGGCCGCAGACGGAGCUGCAGGCGGCGGCCAGCAGCGACCAGCCGGUGCUGCAGCAGCCGGCGGCGCUGACCGACCGGCUGCGCCAGCUCGGCCUGCUGCGCUUCCUGGCGCUGGUGGAGCGCGCCGGUCUGGAGAAGGUCCUCGAGUCUCGCGGUGGCGUGACGGUGUUUGCGUUCACGGACGAGGCGUGGAGCCUGCUGCCGUACAGUCUGCGCCGGCAGCUGUCGGCCGACCCGGGCCGCCUGCGCCAGCUGCUGCUGCACCACGUCACGCCGCUGGCCGUGCCGCUGUCCGCCUUCAACGACAACAUGGUCCUGAAGAGCGCCAGUCCCAGCGGCGCCACGCUGCGCAUCAACAUCUACCAGAUGAGCCGGUACAGCAAGAGAGUGGUGACGGUGAACGGCGCCCAGGUGCUGCGGAGUGACGCCAGCUCCUCCAGCGGCGGCGUGAUCCACGUGCUGGACAAGGCGCUGGUCGCCGAGGCCGUGUUGGACGCCCUGCAGUACGUCUCGACACAGCAGUGCGCCGACUUGGACUUCUCCGGUGUAUCGAACAUGCUCUCCAAGCUGGGGGUGUCACAACUGCUGAGUCAGCAGGCGCCGCUGACCCUGUUCCUGCCGAUAUCAGCCGCCUUCUCCGACCCCAACUCGCUGAUGGAGGACUUCAGCAACAGCACCAAAGUCAUGCAAAACUCGCUGCUGUACCACAUGGUUCCGGGGACGUUCUACAGCGCCGGACUGCGCGACGGCCAGUGGCUGGAGACGCUGCUCGACGGACAGGAGCUCGAGCUACAGGUUGUCACUGACGGAUACACGCGUCGCAUUUCUACAGUCAGCAAACAGGCUCAGGUGAUACGCGCCGACAUCCCCAUCUCAAACGGCGUCAUCCACAUCGUCGACUUUGUGCUGCGGCCCGAGCGCAACCUCCAGCGCUGCGACGUCCGCCGCUAGGUGGCAGGACCAACCACGUUCUGGCCGCCAGCUGGCAGCAUCAGCCACGCACGUGACCGCCAGGUGGCAGCUCAGGCGGUGAUGAUCAGGGAGGUGUUUGGAAUGCGGUAUUAUGUUGGUAGCUCGGUAUUUACUUUUGGCGAGGGCUGACGUUAACCUGGAUGAAGCACCUCUUUCCAGCUCUAGAUGAUGCAUAUAAGUUUGUCGAUCACUGCGAAUGUGAACAUACCUAUAAUGCCUAUUUGUACGCAAUGCUCGUGUUGUGCGUGAAAACCUACUGCGUGGCCCGAUCAAAACCAGUGUUGAAUGGGUAUGUGUGUCGCGAAAGCUGCUUCGGUCCGAAUGUGCUAUGCCGCAAGGAGGAAGUGGACUUACCGGAUGACAAGUCUUUCUAAUGCUGCAGUGCUGGUUAUGUUGCAGUAGUUUAUGCACAUGCACAAACACGGUUUGCACGUUAUCACGUGCGGUAAAUUACACUAGGUCAUGUGAUCGUCAAACAAAACAUGGAAAGGUACGCUGUCUUGUAAUUUGGGUAUCGUUCGAGAUAGAUAACCGAGUGUUAUGUGUGAAAUUUGAAAAUGUUGAUUUGCUCGUUACAAUAUACAGUUUUUAUUGUUUAAA